GAAACAAAUAAUGUACUCAAUCAUCAACUCCAUCGAUAUUAUUAAUACUUAGUAUAUAUAAUGUCUUCUUCUCAAGUUGGACAAGGAUCAUCAGUUACAUGGACUGCACAACAAAACAAGGCAUUUGAAAGGGCAUUAGCAGUGUACGACAAAGACACCCCUGACCGUUGGUCUAACGUUGCUAGAGCUGUUGGAGGUAAUAAAACUGCUGAAGAUGUGAAGCAACAUUAUCAACUACUUCUUCAUGAUAUCAUGUUUAUUGAGAGUGGUGGUGUGCCUUUCCCAAACUACACAACUCCUACCGGAGGCCGACCCCGCGAUAAUAACAAAUAAUUCACAUUAAGGAUGCAAAUCUUUGGUUCCAACAAAGCAAUGAGGGGAAGAAAGAUGCAACCUUAAUUAUAUAUAACACUACAUUUUUAUUCCAAGAAAUUAGUAACGUUACUACUAGCUAUAUUAAAAAAAUAAUAACCAGAAUAUCACAUUUUCUUCUUGACAAUUCAAGUGAAGUGUAUAUCAAUUUCUUUGUACGUACAAGUUAAUUGUAUUAAUUUCAAUUUCAUGGAUGUACUAUAUGAAGGAAACAUUUGAAUUCCUUCUACUUUGUAAUAGCAUUCAUGUUUGAUCUCUUUCUAUAAAACGACUUCUUUUUUUAAAAAA